AUGCAACUGCCCGAGCCGCCGCCACCACCGCUCGCUCCUCUCUGGGACCGCGUGCUCCGAGCUCGUACUUUACCACCCGAUCUUGACGUGCAGCUCCUUUACAUAGCUAUCAAAGACCGCCUUUCUCACCCCGAGUGGGAAGUACGGUUGCACGCUCUUAGAGUUCUCGCCGACUUACUCCCAAUAUCCGGUAACGCGCUGUCCUUUCCAUUUGAUCAAGUCAUCGACAAUCUCGGACAUAACUCGCCAAAUGUUCGUAAAGCAGCAUUGGACGCUCUGAAGGUCUUCUGUACUCACUGCGAGGAUCCCGAUUGUGCAGCUCGAGCGAUUAUAGACAAGUUUUCUUACAAUAACAUUAGAGCACAUACGAGUGAUGUGGAUAUUAAAAUAAAUAUUUUAACGGGAUUAAUACUUUCCAUACCGUCUUUGAUAAGUAUUUUGAAACGUAGAAAUUCUAACCUGGAUAUGUUCCCCGUUUUCCAAAUAUUAGGUGAGAAACUUUUUGAUAAUAUGCACAAGGAUGUCGCACUCAGAUCUCUAAUGAAAUUACGUAGAUUGUGUGGUCCAAGACAAUAUAUGAUAUAUUUUUCGCGUUUGGAUUCAAGAACUCAAGAUAAAUUUCGUGUUUUAUGCGAAAUGUACGAUGAAGACUCGCAGGAUGUUUUUUACGCUCCGAGGAAAUCACGCCCACCUGUAGUGCAUAUAAACCGCGUUUAUAAUAACCCUUCGAUGAGUCCUAUAUAUUUAUCAACAGAUUCCUCUUCGGAUGACUCUUAUAGGGUGCCGUUUCAUAAUACUAAUUACGCUAAAGUUAUAAUAGAAACUGAAAUUAAAUUCGAUUCUGAUACAGCUAUAACGAUGACUGUGUUGGAACAAAACGACACAGAAUCGGACAAAAAUACAGCAAGCGAUGAUGAAUGCGAUAGUUCGGACCGAUUUAUGUUAAAGUACAGUGACGUCGAAUCAGAAGAAGACACUGAUGUUGUUGUAAAGAAAGUUCGGUUCGGUGGUGAAAGUGUAAAAAUUCGGACACCAGAUAGUGAUAAUUUAAUAACAAGUGAAGAAGACACAAACCAAAAUCAUCCAGCAUUAUUAGAUAAACCUGAAAAUGAAAACAAAUUAACAGAAACGCCGUCCAUCAUGAAUAAAGUGCAAGAAUUAAAACGAGAGAACCAUGAAAGAGAAAGUAAUUAUAUAUCGAAGAAAAGCGGUAUUCCGCUUCCUAUAAUAUCAAAUAAAGGACUGAAAGGGGUUCUCAAACCUAAUAAAGUGAAAAUGAAAUCAAAGUCUCUAAGCGAAUUGUAUGACUACUUUAACAAAAAAAGUGAUGUGAUGGAAGGUAAAUCGAAAGAAAAUUCAGGAUUUGCUUUGACCCUUACAGAAAUGACAUCUCCUGAUAAAGUGCCUAGCCCAGUGGAACUACAUAGAGAAGUUGAAGUUUUGCAUAACCUGCAAAGAAGCCCUACCCUGUCUCCUCGAAGACAGCAAACACGAUUAAGUCUAGAUAACGACAGAUUCAUCUUGAAUCUGGUGGCGUCAUCUCGUCAUGACAACAAUCUUCUGUCUCCCAGACCGCCCUCGCCGCUGCGAGGUCAUUACGAUUGGGAGGAACUGAACAUCGUACCGCAGCACGUGGCUAUACAGUUGCAUAACACGGAAAAUUGGAUAGCAGCUGUGAAGGCCGCAGACCACCUCCAUAGUAAACUUUUAGAUCCCGACAAUGUGAAGAAACUCGAACCAGCUGUUCUGUCCUUCGUGCAGCACAUGUGGGCAAUCAGCGAUGCGGUAUCGGCCGCCAGGGCACCGGCGGAAGGCGCGGUGUGCGCGGUAGUGCGCAGCGGUAGUUCUACCUGUGUGAGACAACUGCUACCCUUAUUGAUAGCAAGAAUAGCAAGAGAUCCGCCGCCUGCGGCGUUACCGCACGCCCUGCUACAACGAAUGGCUUUACACCAUCUCGUUGAACUCAUAUUUGAACCUGACAUGAUAAGGGAUUCUGAAAACGGCCAACUCCGAGCGGCUCUUUGCUUAGCUCGAGCGGCAGGCCCCGCCGCUGUGCUGUCGGCUGUUCGAAGAAGAUUGUCCGGAACCCCACGCGCGGACACUUUUUGUAGCGAGCUUCGAGAACGUCUUAACCGGCCUGUCGACAACAUGAAGCCAAGCCAUAUCGCCAGAAUAUCUCAGUUGCCAGUACCUGCACGUCGACGAGCAAGAUCCACUCCUCCAGCUGCGCCACCUCCGCGCCCUCGGAGGUUAAGGCCUCUACCGGACUCGGCACCUUUACCCGGUAUAUCGCCACCCGGCCGACCUGACUUAUUCUUAAAACCUAUAUCAUCAGUGAUUCUACUUAACGGAGAUUCGAGCGCCGUUACUGCUUCCACAGAAGAAACUGAAGAAAAUAAAUCGAUUAAAAACGAAAAGAAUGUCGAGGAUUAUGUUACUGUCAACGGUUCCACGGACAUUGAAAAUAACACGGAACAGACCCACCAUGUUUCUGUGUCACGCACUCCAUCUAUCCAUGUCGAAGAUCUCUCCGAAAAAUCAUAUCCAUCCUUAGGCAGUUCUGAAACGGUCGGAGAUCAUUGUUCAGUUAAAAGUGAUAACAUUCAAGAAGAAAUAACUCAAGUGACAAGAGAGGAUGAAUUAAUACCACCGCCAACGACAGAUGAUGUCUUGGAAGCGUCAACAACAAACGAUGUCAAGGAACCUUCUACGUCUCCGGAAAACAUCGAAGUUUCAGAAGAUAAACAACCUAGUGAAAAAUCUUCCCCUUUGAUAUGCCGUUCAAAAAGUGCUAGCAAGUCAUUCGUUUCUGUGAGAAGUGAAAAUACUUCACCUGAACCUACGAGUGAACCUCUCGAGACUCGAUGUGAACGUGACGUCCGUACUGCUCUUGCAGAAUGUAUGGUUCCUUCCCGAAACGAGGACUGGGAGGCUAUUGUCAAUAGGUUAAUAGAAACUGAACGCCUUGCCAAAGAUCAAGCAGCUCGAGCACCUGCAGCUAGCUGGCGGGCAGCAACGCGAUCUGUCUCUGUCCACGUGCGUUCGCUUCGGUCUCGAGUCGCCAGAACUGCUUGCUCCACACUUGGAACUUUAUUUGAGCACAGAGGACGUGCUCUUGAUCCUGAAUUAGAAGAAGCUAUAAGUGCGCUGUUAGAACGAUGUGCGGACGUGAACCGUUUUCUACGUGCGGAUGCUACUACAGCAUUGGGACGUGUAGCUUGUGGUGGCGGCUGUGCACGGGUUGGAGUAGCACUUGCCCGUCGUGGGGCAACACAUCGUGCGGGUCCCGUCCGUGCUGCCGCAGCGCAAACGUUGGCACGAUUAGUACGUCAGCACGGCGCAGCACGAGUACUCGAACUCCCUAGUGAACCACGCACAGUAAUGCUGCGUGCGUCCGGUGAAUUAUUAGCAGAUGCAAGUCCAGAAGCCCGAAUGCACGCUCGUCACCUUUUCUUUGCACUGUCCGAAGAUUCGCGCUUUAGACAGAUGCUUAAAGAAGCUAUGCCUCCUAGUCGAUAUCGUGCUAUUGAGAAAUACGUAGAUAAAUUGCGAUGCCGAUAGAAAUACAAAGUUAUUUUGUUGACAGUUAAGAAUUGCAUUGUUAAGGGUGUAGGUUAUCGAUUUUGUACAAAUCCUUGAAGGGUUUUUAAAAAUAGCUUGAUGACUCAGAAACGGAAAUAUUACUUAUCAAUACGACAUCA